AUGCCCCGAAAGUCAAAAAAUAAUUCCGUGCAUUCUCUCAAAAAGGAAUUAAAGAAUUCGCGAGAACAAAUUAAAGAGCGAAAAUUUCUUUCUGAAGAAACCUUGCAGAAAAAGUUUAUAUAUGAAACUACAAUAUCACGACUUAAAAAUGAAAAUAAAUUAUUGAGAUUAAGGGAAGAAGCUUCAAGAUCAAAGGAAGAAGCUUUAAUAAUUGAAAAUAGGGAGCUACGUAAAUGGAAAAGUGACGUUAAAAAAG